AUGGAUGAUGCUGAAGCUGUGUUAAAAGCAGAUGGGCAUCAAAUCAUUCUCGAGGAAAUUCCCGAUUGGAACGACGUGCAGCUGAUUGUGAAUGGAGAGACCAUCUUCCAGUGCAACAUUAACGAUCUAGAUUUUGGAGGAGAUGGAAAGUUGGACCCUCUUUGCCAAGAAGCUCGAGAGGCAGUCUUAAAAGCCUACUGACAUUUCGUUGCGCUUUUGUUUUUUUGUAAAAGCUCAUUUCUCACGAAUGAAGGCAAAAAAAGAUUCCUUUUUUUUUUUAAAUCUCGAUGCCAAAACAGUAUGGUCUCCAAUUCACUAAUCACGUCUCUGUUUUAUAUCUAAUUAUUUAGAGCCUUUUUGUCCUUGUGCUCAUUUUUUUUCCUAUGCUCAUCUUGCUCUGCUGAAGUGUCCCUCACCUGCUUGAAUCAUCACCGUGUCCACAAGGGGAGAGGGGUGAUCAAAGCAUUAUUGCACUGCUUAUCUGUUUUGUCGAAGCUUCACGAGAAUCAUCUUUCUACUGCAUUCCUGCCAUAUGGAGAGUUGUUUGCUAGGAGCUGGGUGGGAAAUAAAUUCAACCAUAAAUAAAU